AAAAUAACAACACACACACACUUUGUUAUUGUUAAUAAAAUAAAAAAGGUGCAAAAAUUAAAGCACACAAAAGGUUAUGGUGUUUACAAAAUUAGGGCAAACAUCAACAACAAGGAGCAAAAGUAAUCUUCUGUUAUCGCUCCUGCUGGUUUUCGCUCUUUCCUUGCUGUUCGACGUCUUCUCCGGUGGUGAUGAUCGUCGGACAUGUUUCGGUUUUGUUGAAGGUAAGAGCGACGGAGGUGUUGGUGCGGUUUUCUGGCUUACCGGUGGCGGCGGUGGUGGUGGUAGCGGUGGUCAUGGCUCACAAUCUAAUGUCGGAAUAGCUAUUGCCGUGACGGUCAUGGCUGGCCUCGCCGUGGCCGCCACCAUUGUUUACUCUAAUAGGUAAAACACUUGAAUCGAAUUCGAAACCCUAACCCUAGCUUUUGUAAUUUUAUUGUUUGGAACCCUAGCUUUUGUAAUUUGAUUUAUCAGGAGGUUAAUCACUUAAUUUAGAGUGUAGAACUAUAGAUAUAGUUGUUAGAUAUAUAUAGAUUUGGUAGAAAAAGGAAAGAUGUUGGAAUCGGAAUCACAACAGAAACAACAACGUGUGUCAAGAGCAUUCAGGCGGAGUCAUACUUCGUCUUCGAAUUCAAAUUCGAACUCGUCGUCUUCUAACUCGUCGAAUUCGACAUCUUCGUCGUCGUGGAUUCAUUUGCGAUCGGUUUUGUUAGUUGUUGCUUCUUCUUCGUCGUCGUCAUCGUCAUCCUCACCGGUUUCGGCAACUAGGGGACACCUGCAAUCACCGUGGUCAAGGAGGAGAAGAAAGCAUGCUCUUCAGCCGAAACAAUGGAAAAGUUUGUUUGAUGAAGAUGGAAGGCUAUGUGAUGGUGGAGUGAAGUUCUUGAAGAAAGUUAGAAGUGGAGGUGUUCAUCCUAGUUUAAGAGCGGAAGUUUGGCCUUUCCUUCUUGGAGUCUAUGAUCUCAAAAGUUCAAAAGAAGAACGAGAUGCAGUGAAAAUUAAGAAUAGGGAAGAGUAUGAGAAGCUUAGGAAACAGUGCCAACAAACUUACAAACUUAGUGCUAAAACUUCCCAGAUAAAGGAAACCUGUGAAAGCGACAACAACAAAGAUGAUGGUCAAGUUCUAGAUCCUACCAGGGCCGGUGGUGAUAAAACGAUAGUGGUAAAAGAAACCCGUAACAGCAACAACAAAGAUGAUGGUCAAGUUCUAGAUCCUACCAGUGACGGUGGUGAUAAAACGACAGUGGUAAAAGAAACCCGUAACAGCAACAACAAAGAUGAUGGUCAAGUUCUAGAUCCUGCCAGUGACGGUGGUGAUGAAACUACAGUGGUAAAAGAAAUCCCUAACAGCAACAGCAAAGAUGAUGGUCAAGUUCUAGAUGCUUCUAGUCCCAAUAAUUCUGUUUCUCCUUUUCUGAAUCAAUCGGAUGAUCAUAAACCAUGUGACGGUGGUGACGGUAAUGAAAUCACUUGCAAAACCGAAACGGAGUCUUCUGAUUCUGACUCUUCCGAAGAAGCGGACGACACUCGUCCCGAAAAACAUACACAAGAAACCGACACCAGGUCCUCCAACACAGGCAGUAAAACCUUAAAUCCAUACAGGUCAGAAAGUUUUGCCACAUGGCAACGAAUCAUUCGCCUGGACGCCAUCCGUGCAAAUGCCGAAUGGGUUGCUUACUCACCAUCUCAAGCCGCAGUUUCUUCAAGUAUAGCACUUGAGUCAGCCGAGAGCGUAUGUCUCAAGGACUAUAAUCAUCUAGAAGCGUGUAGAAUCUUCCAUGCUGCACGUUUAGUUUCGAUUCUUGAAGCAUAUGCAUUGUACGACUCGGAAAUCGGUUACUGUCAAGGAAUGAGUGAUUUACUUUCGCCAAUCAUAUCAGUCGUUGAAGACGAUAGUGAAGCCUUCUGGUGUUUCGUCGGGUUCAUGAAAAAGGCACGCCACAAUUUCCGGCUUGACGAGGUGGGGAUACGGCGGCAGUUGAACAUAGUGUCGAAGAUCAUCAAGGGGAAAGACUCGCACCUGUACCGCCACCUGGAGGAGUUGCAGGCAGAAGAUUGUUUUUUCGUGUACCGGAUGGUGGUGGUUCUGUUCAGGCGAGAGCUGAACUUUGAACAGACGUUGUGUUUAUGGGAGGUGAUGUGGGCGGACCAGACCGCCAUCAGGGCGGGAAUUACAAAAUCGGCUUGGGGGAGAAUGAGGGUGCGGGCCCCACCGACCGAUGAUCUGUUGCUGUAUGCGAUAGCUGCUUGUGUACUGCAAAGGAGAAAGCAAAUAAUAGAUAAGUAUAGCAGCAUGGAUGAAAUACUGAGGGAGUGUAACAGCAUGGCGGGACAUUUGGACGUUUGGAAGCUUCUGGAUGAUGCGCACGAUUUGGUGGUAAACCUCCAUGACAAGAUUUAGGAGCUCAUGUUCCUUCCACGGCGGCUUCUAUUUUGAAUAAUAUUUGUUCAAGUGUUGUGCCCGCACUCGGUGAGUGAUGGUGGCUUCUUCUUCUUCUUCCUAAAACAUGUCAACAUCUCGAUGGAGGUAAUUCUAAGUUGUAGAGAAUGUUGUAUUUUUCAUUCGGCUAAUGCUGGCUGUGAAGCGUUAAUUGUUAUCCUCAUUUGAACUGAAAGUUGAUUAUUUCCUUUCCUCUAAUCUAAAAGACAUUACAAAUUUGAUUGAUUAGUAGAUGACUGUAGUUAUUUCGUUGUUGAAA